UCCGGUUUUCGGCGGCAAGGAUUUGUUAACAACAAGUCGUGACACAGAAACAAACCAGACAAAGUUUACCAUGGCUGAUCCAACAAUGAAACAGUUAAAAAUUCAAACAGGAGUAGUAAAAAGAAUAACAAAGGAAAGAUAUGCAUAUGAAAAAGAGGCAGAAAUGAUAGAAAAAAAGGUUGAGAAAAUGAAAGCUGAAGGCAAGGAUGAAUAUGAUAUAAGGAAACAGGAGGAAGUUCUGGAAGAAAGCAGGAGUAUGAUGCCAGAUACAAAGAGAAGACUUAAAAAAGGAAUUGACAGUCUAAUUGACUGCAUGAAAAAAUUCGAGCAAGAGCAAACUACAGAGGAGUACAAAACUGCUGAAGAAGUGCUUGAUGAAGCAAAGAAAGCAAUGGAAUGAAUCAUUAAAGAAAGUUCCUGUGAUAAUGAUAGAAUGUAAUCUGUUUAUCAAAUGUUUUGUUAAAGGUUUUCAUAGAAUUCAUGUAUGCUUUAAGAUUGUGUGAUUGUGGAGAAACGAUUUUAGGAAUCCAUUAUAAACGGUACAUCACUAUACAAGAUAAACAUUUGUACAUGAGAAUGGACCUCUGAAAGAAUCAGAACAUAAUUGGAAAGCCUGCAAAAGAAUGAAUGUCAGUGUGAUUUAUAUACAUAUGUAAUAAGGAACAUUAAAAGAUAGUGUUUAUGAUAGUAUUAUCAUUAGCUGUGUUGUUAUACGAUGCAAUUGGUUGAUUUGUUUCUGUAUAAUUAAGAUAAUUCUCCAAAAAAUGUUGUAAUGGCCUGGAAAUGGGAAUUUUGUGAUGGGAUCAAGGCAAUGACCCAAAACAAACCACAUCUGGUAAUAUUCCAGGAAUUUUAUUGACAGAGCAAAAAUGAUUUAAUUAACAUCAAGUUCCAAUUCCAUAUUUAUAGUUAAAGUGCCAUUGUCAUGCAUAGUAUGCUGUAAAGAUAUCAAUCCUGGUGUGUUUUUUUCAUGAAUCUGUAUGAUUUUAUUUCCAUAUUAAUGGUUUUUUCAAUACUGAUGCAAUAGAAAGACUGCCUCGCAUUUUGAGUGGAAUUAUGGUUGAGUCCUAGAAGUCCUAUUUAUCUUUUGGUCUUAAAUAAGUUGAAAUACUUGCUAAGAGAACUGAUUGUACUUUGUAUUAAACACUUAAUUCUUGGUUGUAAAUUGUGAUGAAAAUUAAGAUAUCAUAAUAUGUAUAUUUUUCAGGUGUAUUUAAACAAAAUCAUUCUAUUGUGUGAAGUUAUAUCUUAAUGUUUAUUCUAUGAGUGUAUUACUCUGUGUACUUUACAUAAUUACAAAUUCAGUUACACAUCUAAUUUAAACAUUUCAUUUCCAUUUAAUUAAA